UUGCCAUUCACUUAUGUUGUGGUUGUGUAGGCUAUACCGAGAGAGAGAACUAUGAACCGCUAACGUGUUUUGGUAAAGCAACUCUCCUUGUAGAGAGCGUCGUGCAAAAUGCAACGUUUGUUAAUCCUGGAUACAUGAUAGGAUUAGGAACAUUUUUACCAAGAAGUCAUUAGAUUAAUUUGUCUCAGUUUUAUGCUUUUUUCGAUGUUGCAAUUGCCAAAAUUCAAAAGUAAAAGAUAUGCUUGCACUGCACUUAAACCAGAUUUAGAGAUGUUAUAUAGAUUUUAGGGGGAUGUUUACAUUUUGUAAUUGGAUACCGGUGCGACAAGGUUUUAUUGGUAGGUACCUAUUGGUCGAAAAUAAUCCACCAUGCUCGAGUAAUUAAAUGUAACUGUGUGUGCUAUUAAUUGUCUGCGAGCUGGAAAUGGAAAAUGUUCAAAUAGCUGAUUUAGAACCCCUCUGCUUUGAUCAAGAGGACAGUCGGUCAGAUCCCACAAAAAGCCUCCCAUGGGCUUCAAACUACCAACGCAUCAAUAAAAAGUCACUUUCCAACGAGCAUCGUUGCGAGUCGGGGAAUUGGGAGACUGCCUGCGCGGAUUCAGGACAAUGGCCAACUGCCUCCGGAGACGGGCAACCCGGCGCAAUCAGCCAGUGGGGAGCAGAAGCUGAGAGAACCGUAUGUUGCCUAGAGGAAUUGGAGACAUCUUUCACACGCAAAUACGAGGAUUUCAAUUUACAACAGGAGAACAAUCCGCAGCAGUCCGCAAGGAUCAACAACGGAAGCCUGAGUCACAGCUCCUUCGACGAACUCCACGACGGUGUCCCGGAACUGUCCAUGUUGUCAGACAAUGAGUUUACAUCCGAAGCCUUGGGGAAAUCAGCGGAUUACGGUUUCAUAAGUGCUGUCACUUGCCUGGUGACUGGCAUCUCGUUAGUAGCCAUCUCCUACACUGUUCCCCGGGAAGUUAAAGUGAACCCGGACAGUGUGUCGGCCCGGGAGAUGGAGAGACUGGAGAGGGAGAACGCCCUGGUAGGGGUUCACCUAGACCGGUGGGUUAUAGCAGGGCUGUGCCUGCUCACCCUCGGGGGUGUGGUUCUCUCCACCCUGCUCAUGGUGUCUUUGUGGAAAGGGGAGAUGUUGAGGAGAAGGGCCUUCACCUACUCCAAACAGUCUGCACAAUUAUAUGGCUCUAUCAAUUUAAGAGGGGGCUCAAACCCACCUAAUGUCCCCUCCCAAUUGUCUGUGGAAGAUUUGGAAGAGGUCCUAAAUUGACAUUAUGUACAAUUGUAAAGACACGGACUAAUCUCUAUCACAGAAAGUCCCUCUGCAACUCUUACCAAUGGUGUCUUAAGAUAAUGCUGCUUUGAUUUGGGCAUUUCAUUCAUGUAGCCUAGCCUCAUUCCUUGCCUAAAAUGGAUGGGUAUUAUUUGAAAUAUUGGCUGAAUUUACCCUCCGACAUAAGUUUGUGUUGUGCAGACCAUAACAUCUUAUUAGCAUGAGAUUCGUCAUUUUGUCAAAGCAAUGGUUUAUUCUGUGUAUAUAGUGUCUUAAAAGUUUAAAUUGGAUAUCAUGUUGUAUCAGAUUUAAAAGACAAUUGCAUGAUCAACACUGGAAAUACAAACACAUAUUUGUUUUUUGCUAUGCAUACAAAAUGCAAAUACUUAGCUAAGACAAAUAAUAAUACAAGGGUUAUGUUUGUGAGUAGCUCAGUAAAUACUCAAUACACUAGGAUAUUGGACAGCAGAUAUUCAAAAACACAAGUGAUACACGACACACACACCUUAGGGGAGGGUUAGCUGGUUAAGGUGCUCUGAACAAACUGUUGUCGGUGUCUAAAAUUGCACCGUAUUCCUUAUUUAGUGCACUACUUUUGACCUACUCCUAGGGAAUCAGGUGAGCAGGUGAGCCAUGAUCAUGGAUUAUGGUGAGCAUAAUGCUGUGCAGUGCAGGUUCAGUAAUAGAAUGUUUACAGUAUGCAGGAUCAGAUUAUACUCACCAGCCUUUGUAAGCAUGUAGCACUAACCAUUGCCAAGAUGCACACUUAUUUUACCUCUUAGCGCUGUAAUUUAAUAUAUGACUUGCCUGUCUAUGUAUUACCUACAUGUUAAGUGGACUUGUAAUCCAUCCUCAUUUAGUGUUGUUCACUGAGGGUAUAAGUAGGGGUGCUCCAAAUGUGAGAGGAUAUAUAUGUAUAUUGUGUCAUUUAAGCAAAGUUGAAAAGGCUUCAAAGGUAGGCUAUUUAUUUUAAAUAAGCAGAUCUUAGGCAUAUCUGGAGUGGGGGCUGGGCACUACAGCUGACAACCACCCACUGUCUUUCUCUCACCCACUCACUCUCACACACACACGCAAGCCCCCCUCCCCUGAACGGAGUCACUGAGUAAUCCGUCAGGCCAGCUGGCAGCAGGAAAUGGAAUUGGAGUGCUGCAGGGAUCACAUGGGGUCAAGAGCUGGGUUGUGACAGUUGUGGCCCCUGGGGAUCAGGAAGUGAAGACACAUGCGGUGGUAAUGGCUGUGGCUCAAAUGGCACCAUAUUCACUAUGGGCCCUGGUCAAAAGUAGUGCACUAUAUAGGAAGUAGUGUCAGGGUGAAAUUUUGAGACAUAGCCAAUGUAUCUUAUGCGAUGUGGCAUCCAGUUAUCAUCAACUGUCAUAGCAUGUGAAGGGAAAGUGUUCAAAAUGUAUUUUUGCUUAAUGAGUUGGCAGUGAGGUCAUUACUGCAAUUUUAAAAUUCCUUUCGGAUUCAUAACCUUAGUUAAUAGCUUAUUCGAUAAUGAUUCUCAUUACCCAGUGUUUGUUGCAUAGCAACGACCGGCUGAGUAAAGGAAGACCAGGGAAGAAGUGGCAAAGGAGAUGUUUUUACUGAGACAAGGAAGAAGUGUGAAUAUAGCACCUAAUGUAUAGCCAUAUCUUAUUGAUUGAUUGAUUGCAUGUAUAAAGUAGUAGGCAGCUCCAGCCAGAGAUAACAUUACAUACAUUACAAUUGAUCAAGGAUAAAAACACAAUAAAGCCCAAAUUAAUGACUUA